UACUCAGAGUCACAUGACUGUCACAUGAUUGGGAAUCUCGUGAUCUACAGCGCAGGGAGCAGACACACUAGACACAAGAUAAACACGGAGGAGCUGAUUAAACAGAUAGAAUGGAGAAAGUGUUGUUUCUUUGUGUUGUUUUAACACUCGGGAUGGCUGAACAUCUUCAUCCACCAAGACAAGGACUCAAGGAAUUUCUCGUAAGAGAGUGGGAUCUCCUUGUGAACAAAGUCAACUUUGUCAACACUUCCUGGCAGGCAGGAGACAAUUUCCCCAGAAUCAGCAAAUAUGAACGUCUGGAUUAUGUCAAGAAACUUUGCGGAGCUUUGAAGACACCUGAUAAUUUAAAGCUACCCGAGAGGCCCCGUUUGACAGGAGUCCCUUUGCCAACAAGUUUUGAUGCACGUAAGAAAUGGACCAAAUGUCCUACGAUUAAAGAAGUUCGAGACCAAGGUGACUGCGGAUCAUGCUGGGCCUUUGGGGCUGUGGAGGCAAUGUCAGACCGAAUCUGUAUCGCGUCUAAUGGAAAGGUUAAUGCUCACAUCUCCUCGGAGGAUCUUCUGUCUUGCUGCUCUUCCUGUGGUAUGGGAUGUGAUGGUGGGUUCCCAGGAUCAGCCUGGUCUUUCUUCAAGGGAAAGGGACUGGUGACCGGUGGUCAGUACAAUUCUACACAGGGUUGUCGCCCAUACAGUAUAAAGCCCUGUGAACACCACACAACCGGGACCAGAUUACCAUGUGCUAAAUCCAUUGAACCAACUCCCAAAUGUGAAAUGUCCUGUCAGUCUUCCUACUCUGUGUCUUACACCAAGGACAAACACUUUGGGUCAAGCUCUUACUCCGUGUCCAGCGAUGUAACGGAUAUCCAGACUGAGAUCAUGAGCCACGGACCAGUAGAAGGAGCCUUUACUGUGUAUGCAGACUUUCCCACAUACAAAAGUGGAGUGUAUAAGCACACCACAGGUUCUGAACUGGGAGGUCAUGCCAUCAGGAUCUUGGGCUGGGGUGUUGAAGAAGGUGUCGACUACUGGCUUGUGGCCAACUCGUGGAACACUGAUUGGGGAGACAAUGGAUUCUUCAAAAUCCUGAGAGGACAAGACGAAUGUGGUAUUGAGUCCCAGAUUGUUGCUGGUAUCCCCAAGCUCUGAAUCAGGGAAGGGAAGACAACUCCAGAUCUCUAUCAACGUUAUACUACAGAUGUACACCUAGUUUAACCUUGUUUUCUAAAGAUAAUUAAAAAACUUAUUUUGAGAUUUGGACAAUUCUGUUGAAUAAUGUUUUUCUUUUUUUGCCUUCUGUAGAUCACUCACACUUACACUUUUAGCUCUCAUAACUACUCCCCUGUAAUAUAUCCUGGAAUUAUUGUUGUCUUUCAUUACUGGGUAUGUUCUUACAUUUUUACGACUUUAACAAACCAGUUCCAUUGUAAGAUUUUGUCUCCUUAACUUUCUUGCCUACUUUUUCGUUUGGGCGGUGUCUCUCUAGGCACCUCUGGCUAGCCUGUUGUCAGGAUAAUGUAACCGGGUGGAGUAUCAUGCUAUCAUGUCCAGGCUAUAAAUGUGGAUAGAAAUGAUUUGUAAAACAUGGUAAUAGUUAUUUCUUAGUUGAUGCACCUUCCAAAUUGUAAUAACAGUUAUAUUAUUUCUUGAGUCCGUUUGUUUUUGAGUUAUCCCUAAUUGUAUAGAUAAUUGUAUUGUAAAAGUCCAGUAGAUUUUAAAUGUUACCUGAAAUAAGUUAUAUCGUUUACAUUCCAAUCUUUCCGCAAGUACUUAAUGGCAUGCUUUGAGAAAACUUUAAGAAAUCAGAAUUAUAAGUCAGAAAAUUAAAAUCAUGUCAUUUCAAUCAGAUGGUUUAAAUAAAUAUGUUUACACAACUAUGCAUUUAGGACAAUCUCAGAAAUAUAUAUGUAAGGGAGGUAAUUUGUGUUCACCACCACCUACUUGAUCUUCUUGUGGCUUAUUAUGCAAAUAUACUAAAAAUUAUUUUAGAUGCUUUUCGCUGCCAAGUAAUCAGCAUCAUUUAGCAAUUAUAAUUCCGCUCAACACCACCCCACCACCCCACCCCACUCCAUCCCCUAAAUCACGUAUUCAUUUCUGGAAUAUCCCUAACAAACAUGUGUUUGAAGUUUAGCCUUUGCAUUACAGUGGCAUUGACAGCUUUAUCUAUUUAAUAUCAAUAACUUCAGAAAAAAUUAGUCGAGAAUAUAAUUUCUUUUUUAUUAUAUGUAAACCAAAACAUGCCCCCUGUGCCUUUCCAUUAUGUACCACCUGGUGGUUUGUACCUGAAACAAUUGUCCAUUGUUCCAGUAGAUAAACAUUAAUACCAUACCAAUUAUUGUCUAAUUUUUUAAACUUGAUUUAUAUGUCAUCAAAGUGAAGAUUGUCAUCUUUAAAUUUUGUAAAUUGUCAAAAAUGUGAUUCAAGCUUUUGAAGUAAACAUUGCAUUUUGUAACUUUCAAUAUUUCACCUUGAUGCUUUUUUUUCUUUUUAGUUUUAUUUUGUGAAUGUGUUGGGUUAUUUUCUAAAUUCAUAUGUAUCAGAUUUUAGAAAUUUUCAUUUCAAAUUAAUCUUCAGGCAAAAUACAAAAAUAAUGUGUCUAUGAACAUCCAGUAACAUUCUACAUACGGUAAACCUCUGGUCAGAUCGAACAAAAUUAAAUAAAUACUGUCAAUAUGUUCAAAUUACACAUAUUAUAGCCAAUAAAAUAAAGAAUAGUUUGAACUAUCUCGGUCGACAUCGACAUAAAACAAGGCAAACAGUCAAGUUGUCAAUACGGAACAACGACAGCAUAUAGCGAUAUAUUUGCAAAUCUGGAGAUGAGUAUACAUCAUUUCAAAAAAUUCUAAAUAAAUUUGAACUUUAUAAAGGGUUUUAGAGAUACCUUUCCCUUGUCCCUGUUUCUACACACGUUUCUGAACACAUUAGCCUUGAAUUUCCCUUUUGACCUGUAAUAUCACUGAUGGGUCCUAAAUGGCUAUAUUGUGCAGUAAAAUAUAGACUUUGUUUAGCUUUCUGGAUUGAUAUCCCAAUUGUUUGAAUGUAUGCUAUCUUGUUUUGUAUUUUUCAUGGUGAUUUAACUUACCAAAUAUCCUAUCCGCUUGGGGUUUUUUUGGUGGUUUUUUUGCAAGGAACUAAAACAAAUGAUCACUUUUGUUUAAUCUCAUAACUAUUUAAGCAGAACAUGAUAUAAAUGUUGUUUGCAUUUAUGUAUUUUUGUUUAACAUUCUUUCCAAUCAACUCAAGUUUAUAUGUACAUGUUCCUGGAAAUUCGAUCUGACGGCUAGUAGUGGUAAUUUGAGGAGAUUUGGCUUAUUUUUAAAAUGCUAAAUCACUGCUUUGUUUUUGAGUACAUUUUGUAUUUAUGCUUUAUUUUAUUUUCACCAAUUUUAUGUUAUGCAAGUUUAGGUAAGAAACCAAGAAAUAAUCUCUGAAAAUCUAUUUAUUUGAAAUGCAUUUUACACUAUGCUACCAUGUAAACAUUUUACAUUUCCAAUUUUAAAUCAAGAACAAAAUGAUUAUGACAGAAUUGAACUAAAAUGAAAACAGAAUUGAACUAAAAUGAAGAAACCCUAAGAAUUUUUACACCAAGGGUAAAGUGUUGAAUUAAUACUCUUAUAUACAGUAUAUUUUAGCUUCUGCUUUGUAUAAUCUCUUACAUAGGGAAAAGUCCAGAUAGAUGAUUGUAAAUUAUUUCUCAAAGUGGGGAUAAAAAAAGUACAGAAACAAUAUUGUACCUGUGAUAAAAUUGUUAUUUUCAUAUAUCUUUUGUUUUUAUAACUUUCUUUAUGUCAUUAUUAAAACAUUGUACAGGUUUAUUUGAGUCCUGUUUAGAAUGCUAGGGACUGUCUAAUCUAUGGUUCAUCAGUUAUAGAAAUUAAAAGCAGUGCUACCUGUUUUUUUAGAUGAAAAAAGUUUAUCAAGAUAAAGCAUUAUCUGCUUUUAAGUGUCAACCCACUUCAUAUUCUCUUCAAUGAAAUAUAAUAGUGCUAAGUUACUUUGUGCCAUCAUGUUAUCUUAUAAAUAUUCUGUACUAAAAAAUGUACAUAUGUUGUGCGAUUUUCAUGACUUUAUAAUAAAAUUCAUUAUUUUCGUU